GCUGCCAGAAAUUCUUCACAUCUGGACAAUGCCAAAAUAAAUGCGCAACAAUUUCCGAGCAAAAGAUACGAGCGCGUCACCUCCCAUCGAUUACGCAGCGCGCGCGCCUCUCCCCCACCUUUCUCCCCACACGUGCGUUUUAUCAGAUUCCUCUGCUGCCGCUCGCGCUCUUAUACGCAUGCGCUGGUCGUAGUGUCAUCAUCACCAUCCCAGAAGUUGCUCAGUCUGUGGUACCCCGAGCUGCUGCCGGAGCAACGCGUGGCCAUUGUCAGGAGCAAGGACACCCCGGGACACUCACAGCCGGACCGAGCCUCACCGGACCCCGCCGAACCCCCCGAGCACACCCCGGUUCAGAGUCCUGAUCCCAGUGCACCUGGUCCAACCUUGUUUUCUGAACCCAGCGGUCUUCCACUCUACUUUUUUUUUGAGCAAACAUGCCUCCAGCCACGGGUGGGCCUAUUGGGUACACCCCUCCUGAAGGUGGCUGGGGCUGGGCGGUGGUGGUGGGGGCCUUCAUCUCCAUCGGUUUCUCCUACGCCUUCCCCAAAUCCAUCACCGUGUUCUUCAAAGAGAUAGAGGCCAUCUUCGAUGCCACGCCCAGUCAGGUCUCCUGGAUCUCCUCCAUCAUGCUGGCCGUCAUGUAUGCUGGAGGUCCAAUCAGCAGCAUCCUGGUGAACAAAUUUGGCAGUCGACCAAUCAUCUUAGUCGGCGGCUGUCUGGCAGGGUCGGGACUCGUCGCGGCGUCCUUCUGCAACACUGUGGAGCAGCUGUACUUCUUCAUAGGAGUAGUGGGAGGUUUGGGACUUGCUUUCAACUUGAAUCCAGCUCUCACUAUGAUCGGAAAAUACUUCUACAAGCGCCGCCCCAUCGCCAACGGCAUCGCGAUGGCUGGCAGCCCCGUGUUUCUGUCCACCCUGGCUCCUCUCAACUCCUGGCUGUACGAUCAGUUUGGCUGGAGAGGCAGCUUCCUCAUCCUGGGAGGACUUCUGCUCAACUGCUGCGUGGCCGGCUCCCUCAUGCGCCCCAUCGGACCCAAACCGCAGCCGGCCAAGCCCGACGCCGAGGCCGGCGACGGCAAGGCGGCUGCAGCACAGCCUAAGAAGACGUGCCUGCAGACCGUCAACUCCUUCAUCGACCUGACGCUGUUCAAACACCGCGGCUUCCUGCUCUACCUGAUGGGCAACGUCGUCAUGUUCUUCGGCCUCUUUGCUCCGCUCGUCUUCCUCUCUAACUACGCCAAGAGUAAGGACAUCAGCAAAGAGAAGGCGGCCUUCCUGCUGUCGGUGUUGGCAUUCGUCGAUAUGUUCGCCCGCCCCUCCAUGGGCAUGCUGGCCAACACCAAGUGGGUCCGGCCCAGGGUGCAGUACUUCUUCGCCGCUGCCGUCCUCUACAACGGAGUUUGUCACGUGCUGGCGCCGCUGUCGGUCGACUACACUGGAUUUGUGGUGUACGCCAUCUUCUUUGGUUUUGCUUUCGGCUGGCUGAGUGCGGUGCUGUUUGAGACGCUGAUGGACCUGGUGGGAGCUCAGCGGUUCUCCUCAGCCGUGGGUCUGGUCACUAUAGUGGAGUGUGGGCCGGUACUGUUGGGUCCGCCGCUGACAGGUAGUUUCUAUAACUAUUACAACCACUACGACUACACCUACAUCUCCUCUGGCAUCAUCCUCAUGGUCGCAAGUGUGAUCCUCUUCAUUGGAAUGAGCAUCAACUACCGUCUGCUGGCACGCGAGAAGAAAGAGGCGGAGCGAAAAGAGAGGGAGGAGCCCAAGGAGGAGCGCACCGCCAUGUUGGCGCCUCCCUCUCCGUCUAAAUCAAACGAGGCGAUGGAGGAGAACAACGUGCCGGCUGCUGUCACGAUGGAUGAAGUUGCCAAGAUGGACGAGGACACAGUGUAGGAAAAUUUCAAAAACAGACUCGAAAGGGACGCACGUAUUUCACAGAAACACACAAGUUGCAGCAACCGCACGCCGUCUUUAGAUAAAACCUUUUUACACAACAACCCUGAAGCCAUAGAAAUUAAAUUGUCAUUAAAACCUGAGACCUGCUGCUGUGACGUGAAGCUUCGCCGCCCGGGAAGCUCGUCAAGCAGCUUUUCUACUCGUUGAGACCUUUGGUUUUUGGUAUUUGACGUGCCUUUGGUGAACUCAAGUCCUCCAGGAGCGCUCACACACCACUUACAUGUUGUAUAAAAACCAGAUAGACGCACAACAGACAGGAUGACUGUACGUUUAAAAAAAUCCAGAAAAAUAAUGAGGACUUUACUCUCAGGGUCUUGAACUGCCGUAAAGUUUCAGAACCUCAAACACACACUCGACUCUGCUUUAGUUAAACUGAGGCUCAGAGUACAUACAGUACUUUUAAAAUACUGUACAUUUUCCCUCACAUACUUGCAUCACUUCACUCCUCAAGGGCUGGACAUGAAUUAAAAGGACACAUUCACUUUACUAUAGAUGCAGUAAAUCUGUUUGUUCAGGUUGUGACAUUUCCAGGUUUUUAUGUAGAUUUUUGCACGUAAAAUUAGAACAAUUUGGAAUAAAGAAAUCUGGGAGUUCACCACCGCAGGGAGUAUGGCAGCAGUAGGGGUGGGCGAAUCGAUCCCAAAAUAUCGAUGUUCUCGAUACUAAGUUUCCAUUUUACAGAUCGAUCCUAGCAACGAUAGGAUACCAAAAAGGAGAUUAGUUUCUCUCUUCUGUGUCGUACCUGUUUAUAUUUCAGCAGUUAAACUGUCAAACAUCGCCACGUUGUUGUGAACACAUCUAGUGCAUUAACUGUUUGCUCCUCCAUCGCGUUCAUGUUUUCCGCAUUCAAACAACACACUCCAGACCCAGCAGCGUCCUCUUAUUCCCCUUUCCCACCAAAACUGGCGUGUGCACACAGGUUUUUUAAACCCGCUAAAAAUAGGUUGAAAACUAAUUUCCCAUUGCCAGUGGGGCAGGGUUGUGUACACAGCUCUGCGGCAGAUGACUGUGUGUGUGGGGGAUUGUUUUGGUGUGUCCUGUUCAACGUCACAUACAGGCCAGUAAACAGUAGAAAGCAGCAUGGAGCCCUGUGAAAUCUUAACGGUAGUUACUUCUCUUUAUCAUCUAAUGAUUUUUAUUAAUAAAAACUAUUGUAUUGGUAUCAAUAUCUGCGAUUCUGGCCCUGGAAUAACUUGGUAUCGGAUUAAAACCAAUUUUUGUGGUAUCGCCCACCCCGAGUUGGCAGACAUAACAUUUGUAGUCGAGGACAUGAGGCACAAAAAAUGGUUAAAAACAUAAAGACAUAGGAAAGAAAGAGUGUUUUAGUCUCUUGAGAGGGUCACACUGUUUGCAGCGUAGGAGGCACUGUUAAGUGUGUGUUUGUACAUAAACGUGUGCACUUUGUGUGUGUAAUUUUGUGUCAUACACCCUCCAACCAGAGCGACUCAUCAUGCAUCGUCGUAUUGAUAAAGACACAUUUAAACAAAACCGCUCACACAGUUACGCCCCGCCGGUUUUACCCGCUGUGUGAUCAGCACUCACAGUAUUAAAUGACACCACAUGCUGUUUUUUGGGGGUGAAAAAGAGGCUGUGAUUGUACCAGAUCGAUGCGUUAACUGGGGUGUGUGUGGUGUGUUGACCUGCCCGGCUGUGGUGCCAAAAUAGGAAAAAAGAAAUUCACUCUGGAGUCGCACACAAUCCUGAUUUUCCAUUAUAGAUUAGAGGAGUUGUAGUAACCGAGUGUUGUUUUUAAAUUGUGAAUAACAGAUUGUAGUUUACAGUUAUAUCAGCAAACCUUUGUGAUUUAAAAAAAAGAAUCUAUUUUAGCUCACUGUGUAAAGACAAUCUGACUACAAAUAAUCUUUUUAAUGGAUUUUAGUGUACUUGGAUGAUUGGGAGAGAGUGUGUGUGAGAGAGACAUCUGUGUGU